GUUUCAGUCAAAAAACGAAAAACACACCACCCCAUCAGUCCUGCAGUCAAAACAGCAGCGCAUUACUUCAUUUUUCGGCAAUCUUGUGUGGUGUUGCGUAUCGGAAUCGGCUACGAAAAGUCUGGCUAGAUUGAAAUGGAAUAUUAUUUUUCUGGUGCUUUAGGAAACCGUAUCGUGAAACAGGCAGUGAAAAGUUCGGAAAAGUGAUCAGCGAUCGAACCAUCCUCCCGAACAACCCCCUUUUUCGGCUGUGCAGUGGCAUUUUUUUGCGGGUGUGUGGAAAAUUACCGAUUGUGUGUGACGAAGACGUGGAACGAAAGCGAGUGCCAAGGGAAAAUUACCUACUGUGCUAGAAGGUUUUCAUUUGGGAAAAAAAAGCGCAAAGGUCGGCUAGAGCAGCGGCGGUCAAUAAAUUGGAUGAAAAUACGGUGGUGGAAGAUCCUGUGCUUGCAACAGAACCGAGAUGAGUGCAUUUCUCCGAGUUCCUAAGGUGGUGCUUGGUUUGGGCCAGCACUACCGUUGUGUAGAUUCGAACGUACGAAAUCGUUUCGUGAGCUACAAUACAAAUCGGACGGGAUUGUAUCAGCAAUACUAUGGAUCGAUUCCAACGAGCAGCAGUAGGAGUGUCGCUGUGAUAGCAGUUUCGCCGACAAACACAUCCUUACUAGAUGCACUAGGUUAUAGUUUUAGUAAUAAUGGUGCUAUUAGGUGUAUAUCGACGAGCGUGGUGCACUACGACCAGCCAUCGUCCAAAGUAGAAGUUACAGUACAAAAGAUCAAACAGUCGCAAAAAAAGCAAGAACAGCAGUCUGAAACUGUUGCAACAAGUUCCUCCCAGGCGGCAUCAGCAGCUCCAGUAGCAAAUGGAGCCACUACUAGUACAAGUGCAGCUGCACCAUCUCCACAGACCCAAGUUGUUGCUGCUCCAGUCAAAAAGACCCUCAAACAGCGAAUAUGGGCGGAAGUGCUGCACUACUAUCAUGGCUUUCGAUUACUGUUCAUUGAUAUAAACGUGAGUCGUAAGCUCCUGUGGCGAGUACUUAAUGGCAAAACGCUGACCAGGCGAGAACAUCGACUGUUGGUGCGGACUACUUCGGAUUUGUUCCGACUGGUCCCGUUCUCCGUAUUCAUCAUCGUACCUUUCAUGGAACUUUUGCUACCUUUGGCUAUAAAGUUCUUCCCAGGAAUGCUUCCAUCUACGUUUCAAACCGCUACCGAACGAGAAGAUAAAAUCAAGCAAAAUCUUAAAGUGAAAUUGGAGAUGGCGAAAUUCCUGCAAAAGACUUUGGACGAUAUGUCCGUGCAAAGUUCAGAACAUCGUUCACAGGCGGCAAAAGAUUUCAGUGAAUUUUUUGCCAAAGUUCGCAACUCCUCAGAGUUUACGGUCACAAACGAGGAUAUCAUCAAAUAUUCCAAACUUUUUGAGGACGAAAUCACUCUUGAUUCUUUGUCGAGACCCCAACUGCAAGCACUGUGUCGAGUAUUGGAAAUGUCUCCAAUUGGCACCUCGAAUUUGCUUCGCUUCCAGUUACGGUUAAAAUUGCGUAGCUUGGCUGCCGAUGAUCGAACGAUUCAAAAAGAAGGAAUAGAAUCGCUGAACCUUUCGGAACUCCAAGCAGCUUGUCGUGCUCGUGGCAUGCGAGCCUACGGUACAACAGAAGAACGACUCCAAUCGCAGCUGCGUGAAUGGAUUAACCUAAGCUUGAACGAAAAAGUUCCACCCUCGUUAUUAUUACUUUCAAGGGCUCUAAUGAUUCCGGAUAAUGUUACCACUAGCGACAAACUGAAAGCAACUAUUUCGGUUCUGCCCGACUCUGUUGCGACGGUUACGAAGGCUGCCAUUGGCGAACGGGAAGGCAAAAUCGACAACAAGACCAAAAUCGAAGUCAUCAAAGAAGAGCAACGAAAGAUCAAAGAGGAGCGUGAGGAAGAAAAGGAAAAACAAAAGGAAAUUGCCGAGACAUUGGUGGACAAGGCUCCAACCGUCACCGAUGAGAAGGUUAUCCACCUCACAGAACCCGCAGUGCAAGUCAAACCUGCAGUGGAACCUCCGGUAAUUUUAACUACUGAAGAAAUUUCCAGCAAAGACUUGGAAGCUCUGGGUGAUGCUCUGGGUUCACUCAGUAAGGACAAGAAAACGUUGCUAGUGGAAAAGGAGGAAAUUAAGGACUUGAAGGAAGAAAUUGCAGACUACCAAGAGGAUGUGCAAGAGCUUCAAGAGGUAAUCACAACAGUGCCUGAAGAAAUCAAGGUUAAGGAGUCACGGGCGGCCAAAAUGCUAUUCAAGAAGGUCAACUCUAUGAUCAACAAGAUGGACACAGUUUUGACCGACUUAGAGAAGAAGGAAAAACAGCUCAAGGAACAAGUGAGUGCCGUCGAUAGCAGUAAAUCGGAUGCCGAUGUACCAGCUAGUAUUGCAGCUGAAGAGCUAGUCCGAAUCGACGAGCUGAUGUCUGCCAUAAAGAAGAUUCAACAAGUACCGGAUGAUUCUAGGCUGGAUCAAAUAGCGAAAAUUCUUGGCAAAAUCGAUGAUGAUCACGAUGGUCAAAUUAAGGUGGAAGAUGUGUUGAAGGUAAUCGAAAUAAUUGGCCAAGAAAAUGUGCAGUUGAAUUCUAAACAAUUGGACGAAUUGAUUGAUUUGUUGGAUAAAGAAGAAGUGCUGGAGGCAGAGGACAAGAUCGAGAAAGCUCUCAGCAAGAGCUUAGAAGCCAAGGAAAAACAAAAGGAACAAGAAAGCAAGGAGAAGGAAAAGCUUCUUGAACUUCAGGACAAAGCCACUGAUUUGGCUUUAGCGGACAGUCAGUUGAAAGACAAAAGUGAAAAGAAGCUGGACGAAUCUGUUCUGGAGGGUUAUAUUCUGCAAAAAGCGGCUGAAAGGAAUGACCAAAUGGUCUCUGGUACUGACACACCCAGUGAUGCUGGCUCAAAGUCACACAUUUCGAGUACUCCCAAUAUUCCACCCAGCAUUGUUCCACCACCGGCAUCGUCGGAUCUAUCAAAAUCUCCCCAGGAUAAGAGAAUAUGAUACUCUCAGGUUGAUAAUGAGGGUUCUAAACCACCAUCGAUACGAAAAUAGAUUCCAAAAUUUGUCUAAAACGAACGGUUUUACGGCAACCAUUUUUGGCGAGUCAUUGGUUGCAAGUGUACAGUGUAGACAAUACAAUUGGCAAAAAUUGUCAGAAUCCAAAGUACAGUGAAUGAGUAAAGUGAUCUACUUUAACCGGUAACCAAGUGAUUGUAUAGCUUAUUUAUCCAAAACAAAUAAUUAUAAACGAGGCAGUUGUAUGGAAAGGGCGAAGAUCAUUUAUCAUUCAAGAUAUUUGACAGUCAUUAACACACAAAAAAAAAAGCGAAAUAAACCAUUUGUAUGAACAAAUACAAAUAAA